AGUCGUUUUCUAUUAUUCAAGUCUCUAGUGUGAUAUACAAUUUCAUACGCGAAAUAAUUUUUGGGCAAUUAUUCAAAUUUUGAAAUUGAAAUCUUUUUUUUAAUUGAAAAAUUUCCAAGUGGCAUAACUAUCGGUAGUGAUAGUAUUUCAACGAAAAUCAUGCAGCAUUUAAUAAAAGUGUUUGGUUUUAUAACUUUGUUUAUGCUGAUUGCGUUGACUUACAACGGUCGACAGUCUUCAGUUAACGCGAACUCCUUGCAUUCGAAAAUGGCUGAAUUUUCUCAUAGAAUGAGGAGUGACGUUCCUGAACUUCAUGCAGACGAAGAACCCCAUCCGCCAGAAGUUACCAGGAAACGUCGUGAAGCUGCUGCAGAUCCUCAGCCACAGCAGCCGGAAAGCGAAUCCAAGAUGGCCUCUCCACAAAACGCGCAAAGUGAUGAUUCCGCUCAAGGACCUAAGGCUAAUCAACAACAAACCAGGACUCGUCGCCAGGCACCACCCGAACAACCACCUAGUCGCAAAUUUAAUGCUGAUAUGAGCGAGGACAAAGGAUCCGGCAUGAUGCGUACUAAACGUCAGAUGCCAGCUCCUCCGUCCCCACCCGAGGGUAUGCCAAUGCCACCGAUGUAAAUUUAAUUUAUCGGAACCAGUAUAAACAAAGUCCUAUAGGUUCAUACAAAAAAAGGGUUUAAAAGUUUAAACAGAGGGUCAUACAGAAUGUUUCAUUAAAACUGUAAAAAAAUAAAUAAUUCCAG